CCCCUGACGUCCUGCAGCAGGUGACAGAAAAAUCAUGGCUUUCUUUACUCACCAAAUCUGCAGAGGUUUGUCAUCUUCGGCUGUCAGAAAUGUUGUCAUCAAGCAUGUGACGAUCAUCGGCGGUGGACAGAUGGGUGCAGGAAUCGCACAGGUUGCUGCAUCAACUGGCCACUCGGUGACACUGGUGGACACAAAUGACGACAUCCUCAAGAAGGCUCUCAAAGGAAUUGAAGGGAACCUUAAAAGAGUGGUCAAGAAGAAGUUUGCUGAUAAGCCAGAGGCAGGUGAAGAGUUCGUCCAGAAAGCCCUGCAGAAUGUGUCGACCUCCACAGACGCUGGAUCUGUAGUUCAAGGCUCAGAUCUCGUGUUGGAAGCGAUUGUGGAAAAUCUGAAAAUCAAACAGGAUCUUUUUGGUCGGCUUGAUAAGCUGGCCCCAGCGCACACCAUCUUUGCCAGCAACACAUCCUCCCUUCCAAUUACUGACAUCGCCAGCUCCACCAACAGGCUGGAUAGAUUCGGAGGCCUUCACUUCUUCAACCCGGUCCCUGUAAUGAAGCUUGUAGAGGUACAGCCCCCCCCCCAAAA